AUGGCCGUUAUUUGGUACGGUGUACAGACUUAUUUAGGAGCUUGCGCUAUCGCAUUCUUUGGAUGGGCUAUUGCCCGCGCUCAUGGACUUGGUCCAAUCAUAACCCAACCGAACACCGUACAAGGCAGCGUUUUAGCUUGGGCGUUUGUGAAGAGUAUCAUGAACUGCAUUGCAAACUUUGCUGCCCUUGUCAUCAACAACCCAGACUUUACGCGAUAUGCCCGCGAUCCUAAGGAUUCGCUAUGGCCACAGCUGGUGACAAUCCCUGUUGGCUUUGCCGUCACCUCCUUUAUCGGCAUCAUCGUUUCCUCUUCCUCAAGUGUUAUUUUUGGUCAAGCCGUCUGGAACCCUUUGACGCUCCUUGGGAUGUUCCUAGAAGGAGCAAGCUCCGCAGAGAGGUUUGGAAUCUUCGUCAUUGCGGCAGGCUUUGCUCUAGCGCAGCUGGGGACAAAUAUUGCUGCAAACUCGGUAUCAGCAGGUACUAACCUCACUGCCCUCUUACCUCGAUUUUGCACAAUCCGACGUGGCGGAUACCUAUGCGCGGCUAUUGGGCUUGCGAUGUGUCCUUGGACUCUGGUUGCAUCUUCCAGCCAGUUCACGCUCUAUCUCUCCGCGUACUCGGUCUUUCUUUCUGCGAUUGCAGGGGUCAUGGCAAGCGACUAUUAUCUAGUACGCAAAGGAUAUCUUGAUAUCCAAGCUUUGUAUAGCGCUCGCAAAGAUGGCCCAUAUUACGGUAACUUCGGAAUCUCAUGGCAUGGAUAUGCCGCCUAUCUGUGCGGCAUUCUGAUCAAUAUUGUUGGCUUUGCGGGUGCUGUCGGGGUCGAUGUCCCCGUUGGAGCAAAAUACGUUUAUGAUAUCAACUAUUUUUCGGGGUUUAUUGCCUCCGGGGCAGUGUACUGGAUUCUCGCCAGCCUAUUCCCUAUUCCAGCGACAAGCGACAGAUGGAAUGAAAUUCCCUACGAACCGCAUCACAUGUCAGACGCGGAGGAGAAGAAAGUGGAAGAUGUCUGA